AUGAAUCAACUCUUACACAGCCUUGUGUCCUCAACCUACGGGCGGAUUGGACUUGUUUCUAGCGUGUUAUUUACGCUAUACGUGCUUUACGUCUCCAUCUAUCGUCUCUACUUCCAUCCUCUGCGAAGCAUUCCAGGUCCUAGGCUUGCUGCAUUGACGCAAUGGGUUGAAACGUAUUAUGAGUGUUUCAAAGCGCCGGGAGGGCAAUUCUUGUGGGAAUACCAGAAAUGGCAUGAGAAAUACGGGCCUAUCGUGCGUGUUAGCCCAAACGAAGUACACAUCCAAGAUCCCACUUUCUACGAUACACUGUAUGCGCAGUCUCGCCACUCAGACAAGCUCAAGCAUCUCGAGCACCGCUUCAACAAUGAGAUGUCCUCGUUUGCUACUGCUGAGCACAGUCUUCAUCGUCUGCGUCGUAGCGCGCUCAACCCAUUCUUCUCCAAACGUAAGAUUACUCAGUACUCGCCUCACGUCCAGGGUCAUAUGGAUCGUCUCUGCAAUCGCAUCGACUCCGAAUUCAUCGCCAACGGAAAGACGAUGAACCUGAAUAAUAUGUGGGGCGCCUUCACCUCGGAUAUCGUCGUCGGAUACUGUCUCGAGAAGCCCUAUGACUUCAUCCUCAACCCUGACUUUCGCGCCCAAUUCUCUGACGCCAUGGUUGAUCUCCUAGACCCCGUUCACUUCAUCACCCAAUUCCCAUGGAUGAUCAAAUCCCUCAAGCUGCUCCCAGACUGGCUCGUCGUGCUCCUGUCGCCGCCAAUGCGCUCCGUUAUGACCUUCAACAAAGAGAUGGAGACGCAAAUCCAAAACGCCAAAGCUGUGCACGCAUCUGGGGAAAAGACAAUGGCCAUCCCAUCUCUUUUCACAGCCCUACUCGAAUCUGACCUCCCGCCCGGUGAACUCUCCACCAAACGCCUGCAGCACGAAGCCAUCUCCGUCAUCGGCACAGGAAUCGAAACAACAAUGUACACGCUGUCGACAUGCUCGUACCACCUGCUCGCCAAUCCCCAGACGCUGGCCAACUUGUGCGCUGAACUCGACGCAGCGAUUCCAGAUCCAAAUCACAUCCCGAAUCUCGACGCGUUGACGCAGUUGCCGUACUUGACUGGCGUGGUUAACGAAGCUCUGCGAUUCGGCUACGGCACGCCUCAGCGCAUCCCUCGCCUCUCACCAACACCCGUAGUCUACCACACCCCCGAGAUGGACUACCAGCUCCCUGUAGGUACCAUCGUAAGUAUGGACAAUUACACCGCCUCUCAUGAUCCAAGGAUUUUCCCCGAUCCAUUCGCGUUCGUGCCAGAGCGCUGGGCAAACGAUGCAAAGGCACCAGAUGGAAAGGCGCUCACAAAGUACCUGGUUGCGUUUGGGCGCGGAACGAGAAGCUGUGUGGGCAUGCAGCUCGCUGCUAUGAAUGUUGCUACGGAUACCGCUACAAUGCCUGCUCCAACCCCACCUCCUCUUCCGCCUGCGCCAAAGCCCGCCUCAAAGGCCAUAAACCUGAAAGUAUCAGCGCCACUAUCUCAACUAAAGCAUGGUCGCAGUACAAAUGCCUUACAAGUACCACCUGAUCAACCCUUUAGUCCUUGCUAUAUGUUCCUGUACGGCUCACUUAUGGACUCGGAAGUCCUACAAGCGGUCCUGAACCUCCCAGCGCUCCCCACCACACGACCUGCGACAAUCUCCGGCUUCAAAGUCAAAAUGUGGAGUACAUAUCCAGCGCUCAUACCUGGCGAUGGCGAUGAGAAGGUGUCAGGCGUGAUGUGGAAAGUAGAGAAGGAAGACCACUUCAAGCGUUUACAGGAGUACGAGACCGGUGCUUACAUCUGGACUUGGUGCGAGGCGACUUUGGAUGAUGAUAAGACGGUACUUGAGAAGUGUCGGACGUUUUGUUGGGCUGGUGAUCCGGAUAGUAAGGAGCUGGAAGAUGGGAGUUUUGAUCUGGCGCGGUAUCAGAAGGUACUCAAACCGUCCGUUGUGAGGCGGCGGCCUGCUGAGUCCUGA